AUGGCAUCUGUCAACGACACUCCGUCCAUCCCAAAACUAACAAGCAACUCUCAGCCCCCGCUACUGGUCAAAAAACUCUCACCGGACGCGACCAUCCCGACCCGGGGCUCCGCCUUCGCCGCCGGUUACGACCUGUACGCCAGCAAACCCACCACGAUCCCUGCGCGGGGGAAAGCGCUCGUCUCAACCGACCUAUCCAUCGCAACCCCCGAGGGAACCUACGGCCGUGUCGCGCCCCGGUCCGGUCUCGCGUCGAAGAACUUCAUCGACACGGGCGCGGGAGUCAUUGAUGCGGAUUACAGAGGAGAGGUUAAGGUGUUGUUGUUUAACCAUGGAGAGGGGGCUUUUGAGGUCAAGAAGGGGGAUAGAGUUGCGCAGUUGGUGCUGGAGAGGAUUUAUACCCCGGAGGUGAUGGAGGUUGCGGAGUUGGAGGAGAGUGUGCGUGGCGCCGGCGGGUUUGGGAGUACUGGUGUUUCAAGUACUUGA